AGUCGGGAGCUGCUCUGGGCAGCAGAUCUGGCAACGCUGGCUUCAUGAACGGGUUAUCCCCAACCCCACACCCCUCCCACCCCACCACCUCUGUGUGGUGGAGGUAGAACAGGAGGAGGUGGAGGAGGGAAGGUGGGGGAUCCGGCCCGGCCCCCGUGCUACAUUGAGGGCUCUUCGGGCCGGGACACCUCGAGGGGGGUCUCGCUCCACAUCCCCUACCCCGGCCCCCGGUCCUACUCUGUUCCGCCACCUUCCACCCUACCUGCAGCGGCCGCUGCCUUCGGGGGAGGGGUCCCCCAGCUUCUGCGGAGCCGCAUGAACAAUAGGCAGCGGCGGCUCCUGCGCUCCAUGGAUCUCCCGCUCCAUGGAUCCCUCCCGCGCGCUUCUCGGCUGCCUGGCGAGCGCUGCUGCCGCCGCCCCGCCCGGGGAGGAUGGAGCCGGGGCCGGGGGCGAGGAGGAGGAGGAAGAGGAAGAGGAAGAGGGGGCGGCGGUGGCCGUGGCAGUGGCGGAGGAGCUGGGCUCCGAGCCACCACUGCCCUUCUGGACCGCGGUGUUCGACUACGAGGCUGCGGGAGAGGACGAGCUCACCCUGCGGCUGGGCGAUGUGGUGGAAGUGCUGUCCAAGGACUCGCAGGUGUCCGGCGACGAGGGCUGGUGGACCGGGCAGCUGAAUCAGCGGGUGGGCAUCUUCCCCAGCAACUACGUGACCCCUCGGAGCGCCUUCUCCAGCCGCUGCCAGCCCGGUGGGGAAGACCCCAGCUGCUACCCAGCCAUCCACCUAUUAGAGAUUGACUUUGCAGAGCUGACCCUGGAGGAGAUCAUUGGCAUUGGGGGCUUUGGAAAAGUGUAUCGAGCUUUUUGGGCUGGAGAAGAAGUUGCUGUGAAAGCUGCCCGCCAUGACCCUGAUGAGGACAUCAGCCAGACAAUAGAGAAUGUUCGUCAGGAAGCCAAACUCUUUGCCAUGCUAAAGCACCCGAACAUCAUUGCUCUGAGAGGGGUUUGCCUGAAAGAACCCAAUCUUUGUUUGAUCAUGGAAUUUGCACGUGGAGGAUCCUUAAAUCGAGUGUUAUCAGGAAAAAGAAUCCCCCCUGACAUAUUAGUGAACUGGGCUGUGCAGAUUGCCAGGGGGAUGAAUUACCUGCAUGAUGAAGCGAUUGUCCCCAUCAUCCAUCGGGACCUCAAAUCCAGCAACAUAUUGAUCCUCCAGAAGGUUGAGAAUGGAGACUUGAGCAACAAGAUUCUGAAGAUCACAGAUUUUGGCCUGGCCCGGGAAUGGCACAAGACUACCAAGAUGAGUGCAGCUGGAACUUAUGCUUGGAUGGCCCCAGAGGUCAUCCGCUCCUCCAUGUUCUCCAAAGGCAGUGAUGUGUGGAGCUAUGGUGUGCUGCUUUGGGAACUGCUGACGGGUGAAGUGCCCUUCCGAGGAAUAGAUGGCUUAGCUGUGGCCUAUGGGGUUGCCAUGAAUAAGCUUGCCCUUCCCAUUCCUUCUACAUGCCCAGAACCUUUUACCAAACUCAUGGAAGACUGCUGGAAUCCUGACCCCCAUUCACGACCAUCUUUUAUGAAUAUCCUGGACCAACUCACCACCAUCGAAGAGUCUGGCUUUUUUGAAAUGCCCAAGGACUCCUUCCACUGCCUGCAGGAUGACUGGAAACAUGAGAUUCAAGAGAUGUUUGACCAACUCAGGGCCAAAGAAAAGGAGCUCCGUACAUGGGAGGAAGAGCUGACCCGGGCGGCCCUGCAGCAGAAGAACCACGAGGAGCUGCUGAAACGCCGAGAGCAGGAGCUGGCCGAGCGGGAGAUCGACAUCCUGGAGAGGGAGCUCAACAUCAUCAUCCAUCAGCUGUGCCAAGAGAAGCCCCGCGUGAAGAAGCGCAAGGGCAAAUUUAAGAAGAACCGGCUGAAACUCAAGGAUGGCAAUCGCAUCAGCCUCCCGUCAGAUUUUCAGCACAAAUUCACUGUGCAGGCAUCUCCAACCAUGGACAAGAGGAAGAGUUUGAUCAGUAGCGGCUCCAGUCCUCCUGCAAGUCCCACCAUCAUUCCCCGACUCAGAGCCAUUCAGUUGACACCUAGUGAAAGCAACAAAACCUGGGGUCGGAGUUCGGUUGUCCAGAAGGAGGAAGGUGAAGAAGAAGAGAAGAGGGCCCUGAAGAAGAAGGGACGUACGUGGGGACCAAGCACACUUGGGCAGAAGGAAAUUGUCUCAGGAGAUGAAGGAUCUCCUCAGAAGCGAGAGAGAACUAAUGGUUUGUGUGCCCUCUCAGAGUCUCCACAUUUUCACUUGGGCCUGAAAUCCCUGGUGGAUGGAUACAAGCAGUGGUCAAACAGUGCUCCAAAUUUGGGGAAAGGCCUGAGGACAACCCCUGCCCUUCCAGGGUUUACCAGCCUUGCUGAGAUGGAGGAUGAAGAAAUCGAAGGCCUGAGGAGUGGGGAGAGCCGAGCAAUCCAUUCCUCCAACCAGUCUUACCUCUGCAUUCCGUUCCCUCGAAACGAGGAGGUGGAUGGCCCACCCAUUGAUGGAGCCCAUGAGGAGCCCACCCCAGUGAACUCAGCUACCAGCACCCCACAGUUAACACCCACCAACAGCCUCAAGCGAGGAGGAACCCAGCAUCGCCGCUGUGAGGUGGCUCUCCUGGGUUGUGGGGCCGUACUGGCUGCCACAGGCCUAGGGUUUGACCUGCUGGAGGCAGGAAAGUGCCAGCUGCUGCCCCCAGAAGAGCCCGAGCUGCCACCCCGAGAGGAGAAGAAGAGGCGUGAAGGCCUCUUCCAGAGGGCCGGCCGCCCCCGCCGGAGUACCAGCCCCCCUUCCCGCAAACUGUUCAAGAAGGAGGAGCCAGUGCUGUUCCUGGGGGACCCCUCGGCUUCUCUGACACUGCUUUCUUUGUCCUCCAUCUCUGAGUGCAACUCUACUCGGUCCCUCCUUCGAUCAGACAGCGACGAGAUUGUGGUGUAUGAGAUGCCAGUCAGUCCAGUGGAGGCAGCUCCCUUGCCCCCUCGCACCAACAACCCACUGGUCAAUGUCCAAGUUGAACGUUUCAAGCGAGAUCCCAACCAGUCCUUGACUCCCACCCAUGUCACCCUCUCUGCUCCCACACAGCCCGGUCACAGACGGACUCCUUCCGAUGGGGCACUUAAGCCAGUGGCACCCCUGGCCAAUGGCAGCCCUUCUAGUAAUGGGCUGAGUACCACACCAGGUGCAGGGAUGCUGAAGACUCCGAGCCCCAGCCGAGAUCCUGGAGAGGUGCCUCGCCUGCCAGACCCCAAUCUGGUCUUUCCCCCAACUCCAAGACGGUGGAACACCCAUCAGGACUCCACACUGGAAAGGCCUAAAACUCUGGAGUUUCUUCCCCGGCCCCGCCCUUCUGCCAACCGGCAGCGGCUGGACCCUUGGUGGUUUGUGUCCCCAAGCCAUGCCCGCAGCGCCUCCCCCGCCAACAGCUCGAGCACAGAGACACCCAGCAACCUAGACUCCUGCUUUGCAAGCAGCAGUAGCACUGUGGAGGAGCGGCCAGGGCUUCCUGCCUUGCUCCCGUUUCAGGCAGGGCACCCUCCUCCUGCUGAACAGGCCCUUUUGGACCUGGAUGCAGAGGGACAGAGCCAGGACAGCACUGUUCCACUGUGUAGAUCUGAACUGAACACACACAGAUCUACUACCUAUGAGGUUCAUCAAGAGUUUUGGUCUUAGCAUGAGAGGAAUCUAGGGUGGGGGUAGAGGUCUGGGCCAAAGGGAAGAGAGUACCUGGGAGGACCUGGCUAGGGCGUGUCUCCCACCAAGUGGCACCCCAAAAUCCAGUCCUACUUCUUGCACUGAUAAUGCACUUUGAAGACAGAAGAGGUGUGGAGGGCAGCUGCUCCAGAGGCAACAGUGAGCUCUCCUGUUUAGAACCACCACCAUUGAUGUAGCCUGUCAGCUCUGAGUGUGUGUGUGUGUGUGGGAAGGGGGAGGUGUGUGAAUGACCUUCCAGCUCAGUAGUAUUCCUCAUCCUUGGGCCAUGGCAUGGCAACCCAGUUGCAGCCAAACCUGUCCACUGUCCUCCAGCACUGUUAAGUAGGGCAUGCCCAGGGUCUGUUCCAGAGUCUCUCGGUCAUUCCAGAGUUCUGUGGUUACAAACACCAGUCUGCUACUCUCUACCCCGAUCCUUGUCCUUGAACCCAGUUCAAGGUCAUUAUAAGACCUAAGGUUGGCAGUAUCUCAUGCUGUCAGGAAUGGUUGGGGGCAGGGUGAUAAAGGCAUAUGACUUGAUGGACCUACCAUUCUCCCCCUCCCCCGGCCACCAUUCUACUUGCCUAAUCUAUUUAUUUGAGCCUAGAGGUGGCACAUUGAUCCACCUCCAUGGGACUGGGGGUGGGGAUGGGGGAGGGAUAGGGAAAUAUAGUUGAGUUAUAGUGAAGAGUCUAUGUUCUGGCUUCUUUUAGCAAGACUCAGUGAAGGAUGGAGAAUAUCACACAGUAAAGGCACUGACCUCCCUGUGGUUGGUGUAUGGCCAAAUCAUGUUGCUAGAAAAACCCUUACCUAGCCCAUGGGUGGGUUCUUGGUCCUUCAUUGGUGCCACCGUAGGUGCUAGAGACAGUCUUGUGUCUGGCCCUUUUCUUGUGUAAUGGGGCCUCCCCAUGGAGUAUACACAUAGCUGUACUACUUACUUCUUGCCAACUACAUUUGCGAGGUCAGCAUUGACAGACUUGAAUGCUUUGGGGAUGCCAAAGCCCCUUGUUAUUUCUGGCUGAUUGUAUGUGACUCAGUGCUGAAGGACCUGGUGAAAGCAGGCAGGCAGCUCUGUGUACUCUCCAUGGGAUGGCCCUAUUAUACUCUGAUUUUUCUCUUAUGUCCUUUCCCCUUAUUCUUUACUCUCUCUUCUCCAGGGACCAGUAACUUCAAGCCUUCCUGUGUGGUUAGUAACAAUCUCUCAAACCCUAAGAGGUUUUCUCAUAAAUUUUAGCAGAAGGGGCAUCCAGCAGUGAAACCUAGGGAUUGGGAAUCAAGAUUUUGGAGUUACUCUCUUAGUUCAGGCAACCACUCUUAUAACCUUCAGCAAGUCACUUCACUCCAGUUUUCCGUGUCUGUAAAAUGAGGUUGUGAAACCCCUCCCUAAAAGGGACAUCGUAAUAACUCAGUGACAGGAUGUGUAAAGGCAUAGGAUGUCCCUAACGUACCUAAAAAUUGGCCAGAGUUUUUCUGCGCCUUCUCUCCUCCAUAUACUGUGGCCUCUUGACCUACUGGGCUUUGGACCAUGGGGGAGCAGCAAGGCUCUUUCAAGCACUGCCCAAUCUUCCUAACAUGAAGAAAGAAAAAAAACUGAUAGCAGUUCUGACAUUUAUGAAAUUUAUUUAUUUACUUGAAUAAUGAACUUCAACUUAAGGUCUCUUCCAUCUCUUUCUUCAACCACCUCCUCCCCAUCUCCCAAUCUGUUUCUCUGUCAUGUUAUGAACUGAGUGAAAUCCAUCUGUAACUCAGCCUCUGCUGAGACAUCCCUGAGCCUGGAGUUGGGAUGGUGUUCAGUCUUCUAGAAGGUUCCUUCCCUUCUGCAUGGAUGAACAGAACCUCCUAUAAGAAGAGCAGAGAGGGAAGCUUCUUGGUCAGACCCAGAGAGUGCUGCUUUAGUCCCAUAAAGAUAGUGAAUUUUCACAAUGAUGUUUUACCUCUGGCCCAGCGAACCCAGCUCCCUGCUUCUCUUCUGUACCAGGGGCAGGUGACCUCUGCCCUACCUCAUUGUCUUCCCAUCAUGCCAGCCCAUGGCAAGGCAGUGGAAGGAGUCAUUAUUAUCCUCACACCUUGGCCUGUCAUCCCUGGGCUAGGAGGCUACCCAACUUCUGCUGGGGACAUCGGGUCAGAAGCCAGCUGGGAAUGAUCUGUUAGUUGGUAUUUCCUAUUUAGCUUCACGCUCUCCAUGGUUCUGAGCAGGAGCUGACCUCAAAGCUGUGGGUCAAACUACUUUCACUGAGAAUAGUUGACCUUCCCUAGUGCCGCCUAGGGACCCUAGUCCUUCACACUAUGCAAUGUGUUAAACCACAUGGAAUGUGGUGUCAGAAAAUAUUUAUUUCCUAAGUUUCCUGCUCACAUCACUGACUCAGAUACAGUUCUCAUCUACUUCUUUGAGAGGCUAGCCAGCUGCUGGGCGUCUGAGUUGCCUUUCAUACUACCUUGUAAGUCUACUCAAAUAGCUUGGAAGGAUACUUUUUUAAUUGUAGGCAUUUUUCACCCCCACGGUCCUCUCUCGACUCCCUCCUUUAUGUGAGAUUCAAUUGCAGGCCUUGAAGCAUCUGUUGAGAAACAGCUCUGAUUUUUUAAAAGGUUUUUUUUUUCCAGUUUCCUUGAAAGUGGGAUGUGUUUGCUGGUGGAAAGGGAGAGAUAUUCACAUCUGAGUAUUCAAGCAAAGAAAAAAUGAUAAAAGGCAUCUGUUCUCUAGAGCCUAGACCGCAGAGGAGCAGGAGGAGAUAAAGUUCCAGGCUCUUCCUUAUUCUGACGCUUACUUACCUUGUGACCUUGGCUGAAUCCCUUAGCACCUUUUGAAAAGACAUCACCAGCCUUCUUCCCAAAACCUAGGGUGUGAGAGCUCACAAGGCAAUAUUGAUCAAGCACUUUGGGCUCCUUGGCAGGAAGAGAUUAAUUUUCCGCUGAGAAGUGAUGCCAGUUCCAGAAAGAAGCUUCCUGUAUUACCGGCUGAGGUGUGGAGGAGCGAGAUUUGUACAACAUGUCUUUCAUCCCCUUGACUCUGAGUUGGUUUGUGUUACUCCUUUCUGAGAUUCUAGAAGAAAACUGAUUCGAAGGGGCUCGUGACAUAGCCAGUGGGAGUCAGUGCCAGGCGUGAGCUUUUCUGAGGCAUUUGAAUGUUUUCAGAGUGCUUAGCCACUUCUGAAAAGUCAUCCUUUACUCAUCCCAACCAAUAAUCGGUGAGGUUGGCCCAUCAUCCUCAUCUUUGUCUUAGAGAGAAGGAAAUGGAGGUGGGGAGGGGUUGUUAGCAACGCAAGAAAUAAAAGAUGUCACUUUUGAAGUGUUGGCCUUUUGACUCUGGAAGCCUGGUUUUUUUCCCCCUAGUUUGAAUUCCAUCCAGAUUUGGCAUAAGGAGAAUUCUUGGUAGAGUGGAUCUGGUAGCAUGUCCUAGAUGUAUUGCUGAGAGGGACUAAAGAGGUCAUCUAACCCAGUUCCCUCAUUUUACAGAUAAACUGAGGCUUAGAGAGGUUUAGAUGUGCCACAAGGUCAUGUAAGCAGUAAGUGGUGGCAAAGGUAAGAUUUGAAUCCAGGUCCUCUGACUCCAAAUCCAGUAGUCUUUCUCCCUCGUAGCACUACCUACCUCCUUAAUUCCUUUACUAGCUUGGGUUAGACCUUUGGCCAUUCUUAUCAGGAAAAAAUUCCUAACAAUUAGAGCUAUCCCAAAGUGACAGCUAGGGGGCAAUGGAUAGAACAAAGGGCCUAGAGGCAGGAAGACCUGAGUUCAAAUGUGGCCUCAGACUCUUACUAGCUGUGUGACCCUGGGCAAG